CUGUCUCAGGCGAGAUACAGGUGGUAUGGGUACAUUGCGGACUACAUCGCCUGUAUCUUCGGCCACAGGCCGGGACUACUGUCAAACAUGCGGGUCAAGGAGGUGUUGGCCGCAAAGGACAAGGCCGACUGAGGGAUUGUGAUUCGUAUUAACGAACACAAGACCAAUAAGCACUUUGGGCCUGCACAAAUUUUUCUUACUGAGGAGGAGUUCACUUGGAUGGAGCGGUGGCUCGCCAUCCGAAGCCAACAUUCCCCACCAAACGAUUACGUGUUUUUCACUGCGGGCAAGGGCCCAGUGAAAAACAUGGUACGUUAUAUGCAGACGGCAUGGGCAGAGAUGGGCCUGGAGGGGAGGCCCAAUUUUAUCGACAUACGGACGGCAGUGUCGGCACAUACGAAAAACGUCCAUUCAAAGGAGGUGCGGAAGGAGAUGGCCGUUUUUAUGUGCCACAAUGUCUCCACGGCCGACAAAUUUUAUGCUCUAAAUUUGAGCGUCGGUCAGUGUCGGGCAAUACGCGCGCGCUUUGAGGAGGUGGCGGCAACACCCGAAGAGGAAUCUUCCUCAGCCUUACCCUCGACCUCCACCUCUGCCAUGCCCUCCGCUGCAAAACGGCGCCGGGAAGAAAAAUCCGAUGAUAGCUCCACAACUUGCUCCGACGUGGUGGAGUAUCAGGAGUCCGGCUCCUCGUCACUGGAGGAUGAUAUCGACGAUGUCAGUGAGGAGGAGGACGUCACCUGUCAGAUUGAGGAAAACGUAAUAGUCCGAUCAAGAGGAGGAACAGGGGCAGAAGAAGAAGAAAAAGAGGAAGAUGAAGGCCACCAGGAGGAGCAAGGAGUCUACACCAAAGAAGAAGCCCCAUACACCCAAAGUUAAAAUGGAGCUGAGUGUAACAUUGAGCCCCUUGCAAGGUCUUUCGAGAUCAAUUUCAAACCGAAAUAAGAGGGCGGUGGCCAGGUCCCAGGAACGUAAGCGGAAAGAAACAGAGCGUAAAGCCCUGAUGAAACAAAAAGCAAAGCAUUUGGAAAAAAAAGAGGAGGGGGAGG